CAGUGUCAACUGUUACUCCCUGACAAGAGGACUCCUGCACCUGACCAAGAUGGUCUCCACAGCUGUGAUGGUGUUGAUGGUGCUGGCUCUGGGUACCAUCGAUAUAACCCAUGGUGGUCGUAGCUACAGUGUGAGCCAUAUUGGAUAUGGUGGAUAUGGUGGUUACGGUGGAUACGGUGGCUUUGGCGGCUACGGAGGCCCAUAUGGUGGAUAUGGAUAUGGAUUUGGCAGCGGCUUUGGUGGAUAUGGCAGACCAUAUGGCAUCUACGGAAGCACGGGUGGAUUUGGUGGGUUUGGAUAUGGUGGCGGAUAUGGAGGAUAUGGAGGCUUCAGGGAUGGAUACGUGUACGGCCGUGUACAUGGAUACGGACGAUAGCGUCUAGACUGGUCAUGGGGUCGAUUCACAGCUCCUAGCCCCGAAUCUUCACUCUUCGCUACUAGGCCCACUCCCCCUGUUCCAAGAGCCUUAUUGUACCUCUGUCACCGGAUUAAUAAUCUGAAUAAAUGUUACUGGAUUACCAUUGUUUGAUUU